CUCCAGUGUACGUCAGGCAGGAGGCGGAAGCGUAGCGGGGGCGGGAAGGUUGUAGGGCUGCACGUUGGGCUCUGUUUGCCCGUGUUUAAGUGGUCGCGCCCCCUUUGAGAGAGCGAUCUGGACGCGUGGAGGGUCCUGGACGCUUUCGUGGUCCGGGAGAUUGGAAAUUGCUGACCAGUUGCCACUGAACAUAGUUGAAGCAAAAUAGGAAGAUAUGGCAGCAAACUCAUCAGGACAAGGUUUUCAAAACAAGAACAGAGUUGCGAUCUUGGCAGAACUGGACAAAGAGAAAAGAAAAUUACUCAUGCAGAACCAAUCUUCAACAAAUCAUCCUGGAGCUAGCAUUGCACUCUCGAGACCCUCUCUUAAUAAGGACUUCCGGGAUCAUGCUGAGCAGCAGCAUAUUGCAGCCCAACAAAAGGCAGCUUUGCAGCACGCACAUGCACAUUCAUCUGGAUACUUCAUAACUCAAGACUCCGCAUUUGGGAAUCUUAUUCUUCCUGUCUUACCUCGCCUUGACCCAGAGUGAAGAAAAUAUUUGUAGCAAAGGCAACUAUAUCAGAUGCCAAAGCUACUAUCAUUUAGUGCUAUACAAACUGUGACUUACAGAAUUUUGGCGAACUUUUAUACUUUUUGCUUCUUUGAAAGAAAGGUAUGUGUAAGUGAAAGCAGAAGAGGAGGGUCACCAGGAGGAUGCGAGCUUUGGGAAGUGUGGUCGCUGAGGAACUGAUGAUGCUACCUGUCACUGUUUUGUCACACAGAACAGUUCGGUUUUAGCUCCAAAUCAGACUCUGGAUUGGAUGGUCCCAUACAUUCACCCCCCCGCCCCCAACUAGGUGGCCUGAAUAUAUCAUUGUCCACAAUAGACUUUCAUGAACCAUUUAUAUAUAGUACUUAACUUUAAAAAAAUGAGGGUGCUUUUAAAAAUGUGAACUAAUGGACUUAAAUAAGUUACAUUUAUAUUUGCUGUUUAUAGAAUUGCUAUCAGUGUAUCUUUUGUGUUUAUAGUCAACAUGUCGUCCUGAAAUCUUUAACUCAUAACUGUCUCUCCUGUUUUCAUUUUCAAAGAAAAUCUAAGAUACAAUUAAGUUACCAACAAAUCUUAAACAUCUUUUAUAAACCUAUGCCACUAUAAAUUAUGUGACUAAAUGCUAUUAAAAACAGUGAUAAGAGGGGUGCCUGGGUGGCUCAGUCUGGUUGAGCCUCCGAUUUUGGCUCAGGUCAUGAUCUCAUGUGAGUUCGAGCCCCGCGUCUGGCUCUGUGCUGGCAGCUCAGAGCCUGGAGCCUGUUUCACAUUCUGUGUCUCCCUCUCUCUGACCCUCCCCCGUUCAUGCUCUCUCUCUGUCUCAAAAAUA